AUGUCUAUCUGAGUCUAUGGUGUGUUCUCCAGAUGGUGGCCAACCUCUUCCUGGUUCACGCGGAGGUCGUAGGUCAGCAUAGAGGUCGUGUGAGGAAGAGCGGCACGAGACAUCAGCCCCCAACUGUCUCCACCAAGUUCACCCUGUCACUGCUGGAACUGGUGGACAAGAUGGAGAGGUGCAACCCAUCGUUCAUACGCUGCAUUAAGCCAAACAGUCAGAAGGAGCCAGGUGUGUUUGAGACGGAGCUGGUCACCAGCCAGCUGAGGUAUUCUGGUAUCUUGGAGACAAUCAGGAUCCGGAGAGAAGGUUACCCUGUUAGACUGGCCUUCAACGACUUCCUGUUCAGGUAUAAGUCUCUGGUGGGUUUGAAGCAGCCUCCAGCUCCUGAUGGGGAGAACUGCAUCUUCAUGCUCUGCAAACUGGUUCCCCUCCGACCCGGGGCCUACCAAGUAGGAGUUACCAAGCUGUUUCUGAAGGAGGAGGUGUACCAGUUGCUGGAGUCUAAGAGAGAGCGUGUCCGUCAGGUGGCGGCCCUCACCCUGCAGAGAUACACGCGCAUGUUCUUCGUCAGGAAACGGUACACGGAGUUCAGGACCAAGAUCGUCAGACUACAGGCCUACUGUAGAGGCUUCCUCACCAGGAAGCGCUAUUUGAAGAUGAGGAAGAGUCUGGUGAAGUUCCGUUCUCUCGUCCACAUGUACGUCACCCGCAAGAGAUACAUCAAGAUGAAGCUGGAGGCCCGCAGGAAAGCAGAGGAGGAGAGGAGGAGGAGAGAGGAGGAGCUGUUGAAGAGAGAGGUGGUUAAUGUCUCUCACCUGGUGAUCCCUGCUGAGCUCGGCUCUUUACUGCAGGCUGCAGCAGGUGGCAGACAGCUCCAUGCUGAGAGUCUAGCUCUGGUCCAGGCACCACACAUCCCUGAGGAGAACCAGCUGACUCUGCCGCUGGACAUCAACAACAACCCCUUCAGCCGCUACGUACAGCUGCACUUCAGGGAGCCUAUGUUUGGGAUGCUAACGGUUCCCUUGGAGACGACCCUGACGUGUAUGGACGAGGACCUCCGACAGGAAGCUCUGGAGGUGUUCGUUAUGAUCCUGAGGUUCAUGGGCGACCCCCACCUGAACGGGGCUCAGGAGAACCUGUUUGGGAACUACAUAAUCCAGAGAGGACUGGCCAAUCAGGGCCUGCGAGACGAGAUCCUGGCUCAGCUGGCCAAUCAGGUGUGGCGGAACCCAAACCAUGACAACGCAGAGAGGCUGGCUGCUGCUGCUGGGCUGCACCUGCUGCUUCCUCCAUCACCCAGGCUGCACACACACCUGCUGGAA